GACCGACUUCUCAAAGAUGGCGGCCCCCACUGCGGUAGAGUGAUCUGUGUUUUACAAUUAAAGUAAAAGCACGCGAUUCACAGCUAAAUUGGCGAUUGCAUAAUUUUCUUUGUAUUCAGGAUUAGAAAACACGUGGUUGUUAAAGGCUAUUCAGAAGUCUCCAGCUUUAAGUUAGUUUGAGUAAAUGAAGGAAACCAAGGAGAACUCCACUCCUGUCACAAGCCUGGACCACAUAAAACCAUGCUGGUACUGGGACAAGAAGGAUCUUGCUCAUACCCCCUCCCAGUCUGAAGGCCUUGAUCCAGCAACAGAGGCUAGAUACCGCCGAGAGGGAGCAAGAUUCAUAUUUGAUGUGGGAACCCGCUUGGGACUACACUAUGACACACUGGCCACUGGAAUUAUCUACUUUCAUCGUUUUUAUAUGUUUCAUUCCUUCAAGCAGUUUCCAAGAUAUGUCACUGGGGCUUGCUGUCUGUUUCUAGCUGGAAAGGUAGAAGAAACUCCUAAGAAAUGUAAAGAUAUCAUAAAAACGGCUCGCAGUUUAUUGAAUGAUGUUCAGUUUGCACAGUUUGGAGAUGACCCAAAGGAGGAAGUAAUGGUGCUGGAGAGAAUACUUCUGCAGACAAUAAAGUUUGACUUGCAGGUGGAACAUCCUUACCAGUUCCUCCUACGAUAUGCAAAACAACUUAAAGGGGACAAAAACAAACUACAGAAGCUGGUGCAAAUGGCCUGGACAUUUGUAAAUGACAGCUUGUGCACCAUGCUGUCCCUGCAGUGGGAGCCAGAGAUAAUUGCAGUAGCUGUAAUGUAUCUUGCUGGCCGGUUGUGUAAGUUUGAGAUCCAGGAGUGGGCAUCGAAACAGAUGUACCGUAAAUGGUGGGAGCAGUUUGUACAAGAUGUUCCAGUUGAACUGUUGGAAGACAUUUGCCAUCAGAUCCUUGAUCUUUACUCCCAGGGGAAACAGCCGAUUCCCCAGCAGAUCCAGGAGAAAGAGAAAAUCAUGCCAACUCUCCAGCAGCUACAGGCACUAGCACAGGCACAAGGCCAGAACUCUGGGCAGAGUCAGUUGGGACAACAGGCCAAAAAAGCCUCUCCACAAUCCAGUCCUCCAAAACAGCUGAAAAGAACACAUGUUGGAUCCCCUAAGGAUGAAAGCAAGGUAUCAGAGCAAGUGGUUUCUAAAAUUCCUAGACUGGAGACGCCACUUCCACCACUACCAAGCGUGCAACCCCUACCAGAUCGAAAGCCUCCUCCAGUAGUGUCUGCGCCAGUGGGAGAGGCCGAUUUGGCUGCGACUGGCGAAUCCAUUGAAGUACCAAAAGGACCAGUUCCCCCUCCGCCUCACCAAGCUCCGGUUCAUCAGCCACCCGCACUACCUCACCGCCCACCCCCUCCUCCACCGUCCAGCUAUAUCAUGGGCAUGUCUACGUCAAGUUCUUACAUGUCUGGGGAGGGUUAUCAAAGUCUACAGUCCAUGAUGAAGACAGAAGGACCCUCUUAUGGAGCUAUGCCUCCCUCGUAUGGCCCGCCAAUGCCGUACCACCCACAUGUUUACCCUCCUAAUCCACCACCCCCAGUGCCCCCUCCUUCAGCAAACUACCCCCCUCCGAACCUCCCACCUCCAUCCCCUGCCUACCCACCACCUGGAUACAACCACAACUACCCUCCCCCUCCUCGGUUGCCCCCAGGCCAUGGUGUGCCACCUCCAGGGUUGGGCAUCCCUCCUGCCAACUACCCACCGCAUCCUGGCCCUCCAGGUGGGCAGCCACAGGUCCCUCCUUUGCCACCACCUGGCAUGCCUCCAGUAGGAGGUAUGAGUCGGGGAGGUUGGAUGAGAUAAAAAUAGAAACCAAAUGAAAUGUGUUUAAAAAGCAUACUAUUCCAUGCUAAUUUGAGUUUUUAUUGUCUGUAAAUAGUUUAACCAUGGCUGUAGUUGUAAGAAUGAAUUUGGAUGAUACAUUGUCUAUAUUGAUUAACAACAGUUUUGGGCGACUUAUUUUUUUAAAGACACUUAUAGGGUGCAGUCAGUGAAGAUACAAGGCAAACACUGUAGUUGUGUUAUUUACGUACUUCUGAAACCAACAUUUUUAUUUUCUACAAUAUUUCCUUUCUUGUAGUGCUUGAGCUAAACAUAAAAUAAAAUGUAGUUUUGACCUAAAAAAAUAAAUAAAUUGAAAAGCAACAAUAUUA